UCCCCAACGGAUACAAGGAUCUCUCUUUAGAGUGACGACAGUGGCUAUAAAAUUGCCAUCAUCCCUUGCUAAAAGACUGACCUGAUGUUGAUUACAUAGGGAAACAACGACAACAACAAUCAGCCAGCCCUCUUGGAUCUGGAGCUAACAUAUUUCGGUAGUGAAUUCCUAAAUGGAUCUUGAUUCUAAUUCCAGAUCGGCUGGCCGAUUUUGAAUCGUACAAUAUAUUACGCAAAAUGUCAGAGAAAUCGGGUCUACACUGUGGAUACAUAAUAAACAUGUUAUCAGAUAUUAUAUUUUUAUUUUGUAUGUUGUCACUAUUUGUCUCGGUCUUUUGGUGAAAGGUACUCAUUUCUUCAAUCUCAACGUCACAUUUACAUCGAUCAUGUUGCUUCAUGUAACCGAUAUUAAAACAUUUGGCAAUAUAUCGCAUGCAUGCAGUGAAUCUGCCAGAGAUACAGAAGCUCAUCGAACCUUUUCUCACCUGGUGAUAGUAAUUUUGGGGCAAUAGAAACAGUCUCAAAAGAAGAGGCCUCUGACCUGCUCCCGAGUCUCACAAGUGCCACAGGUACCUCAGUCUACCGUCAGCCUCCACGGAAGGCAUGUAUAAGAAAAAUAUCUCGCUGUUUCUAACCAUCGUAGACAAGAAGACCCAAGUCAGCACGCAGAUGAAGCUGUUUACCUUUGUUCGGCGCAGCACUAAUCAAGAUGUACGUCAACGCGACAAAAAACACUCUCCUAAUGGGUGACAAUCCGUUCGCAGAGUGUACAGGCUGUAAGGAGUAUAACCGUUGAUUGCAAAAGAAGUAUUGCUAGAGGGCACGCAAGCACUGCCCAUAUCGACGUAUUCUUAACGAAGAGAUGAUCGCCUUAUUCUAAGUACUUGGAAUGGUGUCAAAGAUCAGUACUUGCGAAUAGCUACAAUCUCGGCCUUCGCAUGCAUAACGCAUUCUAAGAAUAUUAUUGACCAUUUCAGCAGAAACAGUGAAUGCUCAGCACCAGGUAUCUCCAUAUUUUACGGUGAUUAAAUAUCUGUAAGUGUGCUAUAAUGCGCCCGUUAUACGGUUUGGCUGUGACCGCCCUGAUCUUUCUGGCAGCCAUUCAACUUGUAGGAAGCGCCAAGGGGCGAGGAAGAGGUCGUUCUCGGAAAGGCUCGGGAAGUUCGAGAUUUAUCUUCUUCCAGAAUACGAAAAGAAAGGAUUACUACGACAACCCAAAUGGAGCGGUUAUAGAAAAAGCAUCUCACUUCGAUUAUGAGUUUUUCCUGGGGCACAAGAUUGUUUUUGUGUGCGUUGCAAAGGGUCUGCCGCGACCGAAAAUAACUUGGUUCAAAGACGGAGUGGAACUGCAAGCGCAUCCAUAUUCUCAGUCUACCUUUCAGAUCUCGGAAUGGCAACAGCAAGAGAAUAGGAUUAAAUCCAAACUAGAAAUUGAUCCAGCGCGCCAGAUGGACUCAGGAAAUUACGAGUGCCAAGCGGAUAACAAAUAUGCCAUCGAUCAGAGAUCAUUCCGUGCUGAUUUCUCUUCGCUGCCUAGUUAGAGUAAUGCACACGUUGCCAAAGUGCAACACAUACAGUUGUUGAUAGCUCGAAUUGAACGGAACUCGAGAAAUCAAUUGGAUAAAAACAGGAAACCUUCAAAGUAAAAGUCACUUCUAUACUGGUAAGUAUGCUCACGAUAUUUAAUGUUCAAAAUAAAUUGGCAAGGAUUUGAAAUAGAACCAGGGGCUCAUGAUGACAUUGUAAUUUGUCCCAAUCCUCUACAGAGAGUAGUGCCCUUGAGCCUGUAAAGUUCAUGAUGACUACGGUUGCAAAUGUACAAAUGUACAUGGUGAGAAGCAAAUUGGAAGAACAAGGAACAAGAAAAUAUACCUUCAUUCUACAAGAGCAAAAGAACAGCAAUGCUAACCACGUCAUAUAGACGAUUUGCUCGACUGUUACUUAGUACCAAAAGAUGCAUACAGUAACUUACAUUAUUUAUAUCCGAAUAUAAUGGUAACACUUUGUUAUUUAUUUAUUAUUAUAUUAUUGUUAUUAUAAUAUUAUAUUAUUGUUUACUCUAAUAUUUAUAUAAUCUGCAUUAGUGUUUUUAUACUUCAUAGUUACAAUUUACAAUUUAGUUAUUGUUCGAUAGACAUGACGUACAGGGCAAUACCCGUAAAUCAAUGUCCUAGUCUAGGCUUACAACAUUUCGAUGCCAUAACUGCACAUAACAUGGGAAACGCCCCAUUAUAAUAUUACUCAAUGAUCCAUAUUUUUUAAUAAAAAUAAAUAUUAUUUUACCUUAGUUCCAAGUAUCAAUAAAGAAAUCAUAAUAUGUAUUGCACAAAGAAGAUUGAAUAGUUACACAAAGUGUAAAAAUACAACGAAUCUUAGGUUACUACACAUAUAUUAUGAAUCUGUGAUAGACAUUAUCGAUUUAGAGACAUAACCAGGUGUAACUACGACAACAGCAUAAACAGAAACAACCUAUUGUUAUCGUCAACAUAUUUUGGUGCAAAAUAAAAUCAACUGAAUAGCUCUUCUUUCACGUAAUUGGCACUUAUAUUUUAUUAAGUCAAUGUAUGCCAGUAUUUAAAAAUAGAAAACAAAUGAUAUAAAAAAGAGGAGGGGCGGAGUCGUUCCUCAAUUCCUUUAAUCGCACAACGCGUAUCAGGCUCGUCUAGCUCCAGACGUCAUUCAAGAUUAUGGAUCUAUGCAGAUGCCUAAGCAAGUAGAGGUUAUAGAAAGAUUGUAACGUU